UUCUUCCCCCACAAAGCACAGCCUUCCCCCUCACACCAAGUGAAAGGUUGUGCUUUAAAGUUUGUAUAGAAGUGUUUAUGAAGGAAGACUGGGAACCAGUGCGGCUUGCCGAUGAGCAGACGGAGGUUUUCUGAGGCGGGUUAACAGCAGAGACCAGCUAACCUGUCUGUUCGCCCUGUUUACAGGCUCUCAGGGACGCCAGAAUGAGCUGCGCGGUGGCAACGGGCCGACUGCAGGUCCUCCAGAUCUACCGCCUGCUGCAGUGGAUCCACAAAGGAGAGAAGGAGGAGAUCGAGAAGAUGGUGAAGCUUGGGGUGAAGAACCUCAUCAACCUCACCGAGCCACAGGAAGGCCUGGGGGUGCUCCACCUGGCGGUUUCAGCCAACAACAACGACCUCGUUGAGUUUCUCCUCUCCCUUGGAGCGCAUCCCGACGUCCAAGACAAGAUGGGCCGCACGCCGGCCAUGCUAGCAGCCGAGCUGGGGAACCAGGAGAUUUUAUCGCUGCUGUUCCAGAAACAGCCUGACAUGACCGUAGUGGACAUGCAGGGCAAAGGCGUCCUGUUCUACUGCAGCUACCCCACCAAGCGCCACGCCCGCUGCCUAGAAAUGGCGCUGAAGAACGGGGCCGAUGCCAACAACAUCUCCCGUAGCGGGGUUCACGUUCUUAGCAUGAUGUGUGAGAAAGCUAACGAGUGCACCCCCUUGUGUCUCACCCUGCUGGAUGCUGGUGCAGACCCCAACGCGGCAAAUGAGACGACGGGCGUGACGGCGCUGAUGGAGGCUGCCAGGACGGGCUCCCUGCCAGUUGUUCGGCGCAUCCUCAGGAACGGUGGAAACCCAAACACCAUUGACCAAAACGGUUUCAACGCAGUACACUACGCCGCCCUGAGUGGCUGUUUUGAGGUAAUCAUGGUGCUGUCAGGAUUUGCAGCAGAUAUGAGUGUGAUUAACACAGAAAACUGUACGCCCUUACACUACGCCGCCGCCGCAGGCAAUGCCCCGUCCUGCAAGUUCCUUGCUCAGAGAGGUUGUAACCCCAAAGUAAAGAACAAGGAAGGUUUGCUGGCACGUCAGAUUGCCAAAGACUGCGGACUCAAGGCAGCAAUCAAGGAGCUGAAGAAAGCAGAGAGGGCAUUUGGGAAAAGCAAAAAAUCCACUGGUGGCAGCUUGACAUCAGAUCUCUGGGCCCUGACCCUUCACGAUUGGUCAAACGAGUACCAGGCUGAAUUAGUGGAAGCCUUUAAGGACCAAUUUGGCUUUGCUGACUUAGACACCUUCAAGUCUGUGUUAGAGAACAUGGGCGCUCCGGUUGAACCAGACCAAGUCGAGAUAGUCUUCUCAGCACACGACAAGAAGGGAGAGGGCCUGAUCAACGUGAACGACUUCAUCAAAGGCACCAAGUACAUCAAGAAAGUCUUCCGUCUCUCUGUGUACACGACUCAGAAGAAAAAGAAAGAAAAGGGGCCGAAGAUGAAGAAGAAGAAGAAAGGCCCGUUUGUCCUCCCCAUACCCAUUUGCACCCUCGUGCCGGAGCUCAAGCCCCGACGGCCCGACGGCGGCCCGCCUCACUUCAUGAUCGAGAAGUACCACAACUUGACAGACGUUCGCCGCUUUGACAGCGAGCACCCGCCGCUUCAUCCCAUAGUCAACGACUCGUGGUGGUACAUAGAGAAGCCAAACAAAGUUUACAUCAACAUCAACUACUGCGUGAGGAACGGAGAUUUGGAGUCUCUGGAACUCGCCUUCAAAGACGGAGUACCUGUGGACACUCAGGAUGAAUUUUACAAGACCCCGCUGAUGGAGGCAUGCAUCAGUGGCAACUACGAGUUGGUCCAGUACCUUCUAGAAAAGGGGGCUGACGUGAACAUGUGUGACCAGUUCUUCUGGACGCCCCUCCACCACGCGGCCAACGGGGGAUAUUUGGAAAUUGUGGAGCUUUUGGUGAAUGCCGGGGCCGAUGUCAACGCAAAGGCCCUCAACGACGGCACGCCGCUCAUGAGAGCCAUCGAGAGCUCCAGCUUCUCCUGUGUGGAAUUCCUCAUCAAUUCCGGGGCCAAAGUCAAUUCAGAGACCAAGAAAGGAGUGACCUGCCUUGAUGUGGCCAGACACUUUGGAGAAACCAGUAUAGAGAGCCUGGUUCAGGAAAAGGUGAACCUUCUGCCAGACCCCAAAAAAAUUAAAUCCAAACCUACGAAGAAGAAGGUGGCUGCUGCAGGGGGCGCUGUGCAGAGCAAGACGAUGACUGGGACGUCGGGGAGGACGCCCACACCGAUCAACUCCAAAAGCAUCAUCCUCCAUAACAGCAGGAUCACCGCAGGAAAAACUAACACAGUGGAUAUUAGCUUUGUGCCAAAAACCAUUUGGGGUGAACCGCUCACCACCAGCCAGCUGAUGUCAAACAUAGCGAGACGAAAGGGUCGCGUAACCCUGGAGGUGGACUUUGACGACUUGUUGAUCCCUUUCAGCCAACGCUUCCAGAGACGGAUCCUGGAGAUAACCAAGCCAAAGACCAAACUGGAGGAAACCCAGAGACAGAGACAAGUGUCCUAAUCAUGUUACUCUGCUUAUGUUGUCAUCAUCAUUGCCUUUUUAUUAUUAUUAUUAUUAUUAUUAUUAUUAUUAUUAUUAUUAUUAUUAUUAUUUAUUUAUUUAUUUAUUUAUUUUUUUUUUUUUUGACAACUAAAAUGAAAAACAACAUUAAGCAUAUGUCUAUCCCUGAGGCAGUGUGAUUUUUAUUUUUACCAACAACUGAAUUAAAUAUAAACCCAUGCAGAUAAUGAGAAUGUGAGUAAUCAAGUGAAAAUAAAAGGCUCUUUCCUCUCUUGG